AUGAAUUAUUUGAAUUAUUUAUUUGUGUUUUUGUGCUUUUUUGUAAUUGUUUAUGGACAAUUUGAAGAUGCAUUGCCCGCUAGUAGACAGUUAGGUGAACAAUGUAAACUAGACAGUCAUUGUUCGCCAAAUUGGAGCUUAUGUGGACGAAGAACACUAAGAUGUGAAUGUUGGGACGGUUUCAUAAAAAAAGGCAACGAAUGCAUCGCCGCCAUACAAGGUUUAUGUACGGAAGAUUCGGAUUGUUCCUCAACAUUACCACAUUCAUUUUGUGAUCAAGAUGAAAAAUGUAAAUGCCGAGAUACAUACUUAGCGUCCCCCGAUCGUACAACGUGUUUAUCACCAAAACGUAUAAAUGAAACAUGUAUAUUAGAAGAAGAAUGUAAGUUAUAUUUGGGUUUUUAUGGGCAAUGUAUGGUGAAUCCAGCGAAUUAUUCUUCGAAAGUGUGUCUAUGUUCGCAGAAUAGUCAUCCAUCUCGUUUUAAUGGAACAUGUAUUGCUACUGUUGGCUUGAAUGGAAGGUGUACCAGCGAUGAUCAAUGUCAUUCUACAACUACAGAAUCAAUCCAACUUAUAUGCUAUGAUAGUCAGUGCAAAUGUCCUGCUGGAUAUGUCAGUGACGAUGAUCGAGGAUGCAGAGAUGGAGCAGAAACAUUGGUAAAAAGUUUCAUUAUCGUACUUUUGAUGUUUGGAUUCACCAAAAUUUUUUAAUUUCAAAUUAUUUGUGAAUUUUA